CCCCAUCACGUCCGUUCCCUACCGUUGUGCUAAUAAGCAAAAAAAGAUCAAUAUCAAAUUAUACUUUCAUUUCACCUAGAUAUUCCAACUAUCCCCACAUGGGUCCCCUUUACCACCCACCAUUUAACUCCAAAAACACCCCUCUUUGUCCAUUUUUAACUCUUCCAAAGCUUUCUCCAAUGGCAGACUACGAUGCUCCCACACACCACCCAAGUCUAAUCCAAAAAGAAACUGCUCUCCAAGCUAUCAACACCAUUAUCCAACUCCAUUUCGAAAAAACCCUAGAGAAAAAAAAGGCCAUAGACUUACAAAAAAAACAACUAUGGAAAAUGUUCCAACGUUUCUUCCUCUACUUAUCAUUAAUCUUUUUGGGGCAAGCCAUUUCACCUAAGCUCCAAUGUAGACAUUGUUGGAUACCCAUUGGGCUUCUUUCACUUGCUCAUAUGAUCUUCUACGUUUCCGUGGCACAAACUUUAAGGUGCAUAAAUGGUUUCAAGUAUCAAAGGAGAUGUCAUAAGUUGACAUUAGGGUUGGCUACCGAGAGGUUAAGGCAAGUGAAGAUGAGAGUUAAUGGGAAUGGUGGGGUUGAAGAAAAUAGAGAUGAAUUUGAGAUAUGUUAUCAAGAACCACCUGAGAGUUAUUUUGGUAAGUUUAAGAGGAAUUGGGCUUUGCAUUUUGGAUUUUUGAUUUUUAUUUAUGGGUUUAUGAUUUCUUCUUCUGUUGUAAUGCUUUGUUUCUGAAUUAAAAAGGGAGGGCGGGGGGCGGGGGGGGGUUGUUUGAGAUCUGUAAAAAUGAACUACUCUCAUCGAUAUAAUUAGUUGUUCGGAUGGCAAGUACUCUUUACGUUCAAUCGUGAGUUAAAGAGUUUGUUUUGAGAUCUGUAAGAGCGAACUCCACUCAAUUGAUAAGAACGGUUCUUCGGAUAGAGUAAGCAUUCUUCACGUUCAGUCGUGAAUGUAUGAGUUCGAGUUAGGGAUCAAAGGGCUUCUUUUGAGAUCUGUAAGAGUGAACUCCACACUUAAUUGAUAAAAAGUGGUCGGUCAGAUGGUGAGUACCUUCGUCCUCCGCGUUCAAUUACGUUCAAUUAUGAGUGUGUGAGUUCGGGUUGGCAAGAGAGCAAAAAGUGUGGAAGCCAGGACAAAAAAUUUACUUAAUUUUUUAGGGUAGAUCUGUGGAAAAUUUUGAUAAUGGUUUGAGUGGACUAAUUUCGACAAGUUGAGUGGAAAAUAUUUAUUGCAAUUUAACAAAAUUGGUUGAA